AUGUCUAGAAAACAGCGACACUUACUUGAUCUUAUCUCAGCAAAUGAUUUGACCCAGGUGGACAUGUUAUGGCGUGAUCAUGGGCGUAGCCUUGAUAAACCUGUGCACAUACAAGCAAAUGAUACCUGUGCAAAGUGGCCACCACUUUGCUUUGCAGUUAAAUUUGGACAAAGCAGUAUUGUACAGUAUUUAAUCAGCAAAGGUUGCAGCACAAAAUGCCAGGGAUGGAUGUCAAAAAAAGGUGUCAGAGAAUAUUUCAACCCUCUCUCUUUGGCCUGUAAAGGGAAGAAGAUAGACAUCUUAAAGAUGUUAGUUGAUGCUGGGGUCGAUGUAAACAGUCAGUUGCCUGGAGAUCAGAUGGAAGAGGAAGAGGGAGGAAGCAUUGACUUUAAAGAUGUUCGAAACACUUGUCUACACUGGGCUGUACAGUAUGGUCAGGUUGAAGUUCACAAAGAUCCCUUCACCUCUUCUUACUCUCGCCAAGCAUCUGCUACCAAUGUAACUGGACAGAUGGAUCCUCUCUCUCUCUUUUAA